UGAAAUGCAGCCACCUCUGCAAUAUCUGUGUCACAGCCCUCUGUGUGUGAAACUGCAAGGCACUCAGAAUUUGAGAAAUAGGUUCGCUUGAAAUGUUUGGCCAGGCAUUCUCAACCUUGACUUCGAUCCUCUGCCUUGCAGUGGGUCGGGUGGAUACACAGACAACUCUUCUCCAAUUCCCUGAAGCUGUGACAGUGACUGAGGGUGGCACAGUGACAUUUCGCUGUGAUUUGCGAAGCAGCAAUGCUGAUUCCACUGUGAACAGAUAUGAUCUACACUGGCACCAUUCACGUGGUGGGCUGAAAAUAUUGAGUCAUUAUGUAAACGGCCGUGUUUACCGAUCGAGAGGAUUCUCUGAGCGGUUCCAGCUUCCCAGAAAUGUAACCAGUAACAGUUACAUUCUGACCAUCAGAGACCUGAAGCUCACUGACAGCAACACCUACAACUGUGAGAUUUGGGGGAAGAUCUAUGGAAACGGAACCCGCCUGAAUGUAACCAUUGCAAACCCCCCAAUUCUUCUCCAGCCUCCGAGCCUGGAACGUGUCACCGAGGGACGCGUUGCCCGGUUACAAUGCACUGUGAGGAAUGCCGCAGUGACACGUACCGAUGUUCACUGGUACUGGGAGCAACCAGGGAAUAACAUGGAGUGGAUUUUAACACAUGACGUGAGGAACAUCACACGAUGGAGCCCAGGAUUCACUGAGCGAUUCCAGUCUUCCAGAGACUCCUCCAAUAACAGCUUCAUUCUGACCAUCACAAACAUGCAGCCCAAUGACACUGGGGUCUAUUACUGUAAAGUGUGGGGAGAUAUCAGUGGGAAGGGAACCCAGCUGACUGUAACCGAAGAACCUUCCCAUGAUACUCCCCAGACUUCAGAUCCCAUUUUAAUCACUGGCACCAUUCUGGGUUUAGCUGUCUUGAUCUGCCUUGUCCUGCUGAUAGUUUUCCUUCGGAAACAGAAGCUGUGCUCCUCAGUAAAGGACUCCACACAAGGGAGCCCUGGUGAAGACCAGAAUGCUGUGUAUGAAACAGUAAAUGACUCAUUGGCAGAAACUGGUGAUCAGCAUCUACCUGGAGCUUACAGAGUCCCUCCUUCAACAGGACACCAAAGGAAUGUGAAAGAUUCUCCAGCAGACUCUGAGUCCACAUACAUGACAUUGCAGCUACAGGACUGUUCUACUUACAGUGAGCUUAAAGGACGAACUGCUGCUUUCACACUGCUCUGUGUUUUAUCUGAAAGAAAACACAAAGGGACCUCUUUUGAUUGGAGCCCAGGCAUGAUUGAACUCUUCAAACUGGAAAAGAUGACUUUUGAGACCAGCUUAAAGAUGAAAAAGAUAACCUAGAAACUUGGAUCAUUUGCUAAAAAGAGCAGAAUUUCUGUAAACAACAAAGGAAAGGACCAGACAGCAUGCUGGGA